AUGAUCAAAUUAAAAUCUGUCCCCAAUGACAUCGCAAUAAUACAAGCAUAUAUGCCUACAACACAAGCGAACGAUGAAGAAAUAGAAGAAAUCUAUGAAAAGAUAGAAGAACUCAUUAGUCUAACAAAUAGUAAGGAAAAUUUAAUUAUCAUGGGAGAUUGGAAUGCGAUUGUUGGUGAAAGUACAGACGGCAGAGAAGUCGGCAAAUAUGGACUUGGGACAAGGAAUGAAAGAGGUGACCGUCUUGUCGAAUUCUGUAGACAACAUGAUUUAAUUAUAACUAAUACUUUAUUCAUGAAUCAUAAAAGAAGACGCUAUACGUUUAAAAUGCCAGGUGAUAUCAACAGAUAUCAAUUAGACUACAUCAUGGUAAAGAAUAGAUACAAAAACCAGAUCAAAUCUAGCAAAUCUUACCCAGGAGCUGAUAUUGACAGUGACCACAACCUGGUAAUGAUCAAAUCAGUAUUGAAAUUUAAGAAAUUAGAAAGACCAAAAAAUAAAGGACCGGAAUGGAAUUUGUGUCAACUAAAACAACCAGAAGUAAGAAAACUGUUCGAAAAAAAAUGCAAAGAAAAAUUUGAUACCAAAGACAAGCCGAUGACAGAUGACUGUAAUAAUAAUAUAGAACAUAGGUGGCGUUGCAUAAAAGAAUCUAUUAUCCAGUCUGCAGAAGAAGUAUUAACUAGGGGGAAACCAACACCGAAACGUGAAUGGAUCACAAUGGAAAUAGUUCAAGAUAUAGAAAGAAGAAGAUUAAAUAAAAUAAACCGUGAAGCGAAAAAAGCCAAAGAAAUGUGGAUCGAAAAGAAUUGUGAAGAAAUAGACAAUAUGAUGAAAUACAAUCAACAGGACAAGGCAUAUAAACUCAUCAAACGAUACUUUAAUGAAAAAAAGUCACAAUGCACACACGUAAAGGAUAAAGAAGGAAAUUUACUCAUAGAUGAAAUAGCAAUAGCGAAUAGAUGGAAAGAAUACGUAGAAGAACUAUACAGAGAAGAAGAAAACAAUGACCUACUCGUUGAAAACCCAACCGACGGUGACUUUGAUUCAAAUGGCUCCAGCGUAGUAGAACAAACAAGCAGGAAGCGAUUCCAUGUAGAAACACCAAUUCCAGUAAAUAAGUAUAAGGUUAAAACCCAACCAUUUGGUGACACAUCUGAUAGAAAAGCAAUCGAUACCCAACCACCAAUGAUUAAAAUAUGA